AUGGCUAGCAGUAGCGUGGCAUCAGCAGCUUGUGGAUUUGUCUUGUCCCUCAAUGUUGCUGCCAACAACACAACCUCCUCACUUUCUUCCAGGACUAACAUGUUGAUGUUUCCUAUAAAAUCCAACAAUAUUGCUAGUUCUAGACUUGUUGUCAGGGCAACCGAAGAUACCGCCGAUGCUGCUACCCCUACCGCCAGUUCUCCCGCCGCUGAUACAGCUACUAAGCCCAAGCCGCCACCAAUUGGCCCCAAGAGGGGUGCUAAGGUGAAGAUUCUUAGGCAAGAAUCCUACUGGUACAAAGGAUAUGGUUCUGUUGUUACUGUUGAUCAAGACCCCAACACUCGCUACCCUGUCGUGGUUCGAUUCAACAAAGUGAACUAUGCCAAUGUAUCGACAAAUAACUAUGCUUUGGAUGAGGUUGAAGAAGUUGAAUGA